CCGUCUCAGGAUGCGAGAGGAGAGCGGAGGAGAGGGGAAGAGAGAGGGGAAAGCGCCGAAGGAAAAGUGUCCAGGGCUCGGUUAAAAAGAAAACAGGAUACCGGCCCGCUUCAGUUUGUCCUGGGCCACUCGGCGAUGACAGAUUCACCGAAAGGGGCACUUUGAGAUAUGAUGAGGUUUAUUUGUGGUCGGCAAUAGUACUAUGAUUUGGUAUGUGGCCACUUUGAUAGCAAGUGUAUUCAGCACCCGAGGAACGGCCGCUCAAGGUGCCCACGGAGUGCGAGAGGAGCCCCAGUUUGUGACGGCACGUGCAGGAGAGAACGUCAUCCUGGGAUGCGACGUGUCCCACCCCCUGAACGGCCAGCCCUACGUGGUGGAGUGGUUCAAGUAUGGAAUGCCCAUCCCCUUCUUCAUCAACUUUCGCUUCUACCCUCCUCAUGUGGACCCAGAAUAUGCUGGCCGGGCCAGUCUGCACGGCAAGUCCUCCCUGCGGAUAGAGAACGUGCGCUCAGACGACCAGGGCUGGUACGAGUGUAAGGUGCUGAUGCUGGAACAGCAGUAUGACACCUUCCACAAUGGCAGCUGGGUGCAUCUAACCGUCAAUGCCCCCCCCACAUUCACAGAUACGCCACCUCAGUAUGUAGAGGCCAAGGAGGGGGGGAGCAUCACUUUGACCUGCACGGCCUUCGGCAACCCCAAACCCUCUGUCAGCUGGCUGCGGGAAGGCAAUCUCAUGGUCAGCAGUGCCAAGUAUAAGGUGUCUGAUGGGAGUUUGACGGUGCUAUCCAUCACCCGGGAAGAUCGUGGGGCCUACACAUGUCGGGCUUUCAGUCCCCAGGGAGAGGCCAUUCACACCACACGGCUGCUAGUACAAGGCCCUCCAUUCAUCGUAUCGCCACCGGAGAACAUUACAGUGAACAUCUCGCAGGAUGCCUUUUUCACCUGCCAGGCGGAGGCCUACCCUCGCAACCUGACUUACACCUGGUUCUGGGAGGAGGACAACGUCUUCUUCAAGAAUGACCUAAAGCGCAGAGUCAGUAUUCUCAUCGACGGUUCCCUCAUCAUUGCCCAAGUCAAGCCAGAGGAUGCUGGGAAAUACACGUGUGCUCCUAGCAACAGCCUGGGCCGACCACCGACUGCCUCUGCCUACCUAACAGUGCAAUAUCCUGCCCGUGUGGUAAACAUGCCAUCUGUCAUCUACGUGGCCAUUGGUCUGCCUGGCUUCAUCCGCUGUCCUGUCGAUGCCAACCCCCCUGUAACUCUAGUUAAGUGGAAGAAAGAUGGCCUCCCUCUGCGGAUAGAUAAGUACCCUGGUUGGAGCCAAAUGGACGAUGGGAGCAUCCGUGUGGCAGAGGUGACAGAGGACUCCCUCGGCACCUAUACCUGCAUGCCUUACAAUGCCCUGGGUUCCAUGGGAUGGUCCCCUCCCGCUCCCCUGGUGCUAAAGGACCCUCCCAAAUUCUCAGUGGUUCCUGGAGGGGAGUACAGACAGGAGGCUGGAAGAGAACUGGUCAUCCCCUGUGAGGCUGAGGGAGACCCCUUUCCCAACAUCACAUGGAGGAAGGUCGGAAAGCCCAGUAAAAGUAAGCACAAUGUUCUGCCCCGAGGCAGCUUACAGUUCAAGUCACUCACUAAGGAGGACCAUGGGGAGUGGGAGUGUGUUGCCACCAACGUUGCCACGAGCAUCACUGCCAGCACGCACGUCCAAGUCAUAGGCACAAGCCCCCACGCCCCCACCAGCGUCCACGUGGUGGCAUCCUCCACCUGGGCUAAUGUGUCCUGGGAGGCAGGCUAUGAUGGCGGCUUCCAACAGACAUUCUCAGUCUGGUAUGGCCAUGUGCUAAAGAGGGAGCAUCUAGGUCCACAUGACUGGGUUUCCAUACCUGUGCCUGGAGGCCAUGACUGGAUGCUGGUGCCUGCUUUGGAGCCGGAGACAACAUACCAGUUCAGCGUCCUGGCCCAAAACAAGCUCGGCACUGGCCCCUUCAGCGAGGUUGUCACUGUGAACACAUUAGUAUUUCCUAUAAGUACCCCUGAACCAUUGGUGCUGCUUACCCCACCACGGUGCCUCACAGCCAAUCGCACGCAGCAGGGCGUCCUGCUCACCUGGAUCCCACCUGCCAAUCACACAGCACCUAUCCAGCAUUAUGUCAUGGAGUUCCGCCUAGGGGAACGAUGGGAGGUCCUGGACGACAGCAUUCCUGCUGGGGAGACGGAGCUGCUUGCUCGAGACCUCAUCCAGGAGGCGUGGUAUGAGUUCCGUGUCAUGGCUGUCAUGGAUGACAUGAUCAGUGAGCCCAGCAAUGUAGUAGGCGUGUCCAGCACAGACUUCUUCCCUCCUCCAGAGAUGGUGGAGGAGCGUGGACUGGCUCGGCCUGUGGUGGCUGGCAUUGUGGCCACCAUCUGCUUCCUGGCAGCAGCUGUCCUGUUCAGCACGAUGGCUGCCUGCUUCGUCAACAAACAGCGCCGGCGGAAGCUCAAGAGGAAAAGAGACCCCCCUCUUUCCAUAACACACUGCAGAAAAAGCAUGGAAACUCCGUCAUCUUCAGGAAAGGUGAGCCCAGAGAGCAUUCGUUCAAAGGCAUCCCCAUCAGAAUCAUCUGAAGAUAGUCAUGACCAGCGUGGGAAGAAACCACCCCCGAGUCCAGGGAAGAAGGAAGAAUUGUCUUUAUACAAAAAGACCAAAAGAGCAAUAACAAGCAAGAAGUACGGCAUUACCAAGCAUGAAGCUGAAGCAACAACACCCAUUGAACUCAUCAGCAGAGGCCCAGACGGACGCUUUGUCAUUGAUCCCAGUGAUGCAGAAAUGUCUGUGAAGCCCCGGCGAAUUGAGGGCUUCCCCUUUGUUGAAGAAUCAGACCUGUAUCCAGAAUUUCGGCAGUCAGAUGAAGAGAAUGAUGAUCCCAGACCUUUGCCACCAGUUAUGGCUCCACUUCGGCCUCACCAGAUUUCCCCCAUCUCCAGUCAGGAAUCCUAUCUGCAGCCUCCAGCGUAUAGUCCUCGUUUCCACAGGCCCUUCGAAGGUAUGACCAUCAUGGAGAGCAGUCGGCUCCAGGCCACAGGGCAGAUCCGAGGCUCUCUCCACCACAGGGCUUUCUAUGGCUAUCUAGGCCCCCCUGGGGAUCAUGAUCCCCCACCUCCUUUUUACAUGCCUGAUACCAGCCCUCUCAGCUCUGUCAUGUCCUCCCCUCCAUAUCUUGCUGAAGGUCCUUUUGGUCACCCCAUGAUUCCUGAAGAAAUGGGGGAGGGUGAUUUCCCACAAUAUGCUGUCUCUGGUUUCCCACUUCCUCUGACACUCACCUCUUCCUCUCGCUCACCAGAGAUUUGGCAGGGACUGGAUUUCACCUUUGCAAGCCUGGAGGGGCCCCCGUUCAUUUUUCCACCACAUCACCCUCUGCAUCUCCGCCACGACUCCCCCUACCCUCCUCCACCUCAUGUUCUUCCCCUGAGCGCUUUCCAGCCUUCCAACCUUCCAAUGCCCACUUACCCAGCUGUCCUGCCACUGGAGGCCCCAAAGAGCCACGUGAGCAAGUCUCCCAGCAAGGCCAAGCCUCAUGGUUCCCCAGCCAAGCAUUUAGCUAUGCAAGAGGCACAAUUAGGGCAGCUAAGACACACAAGCCACGGUAUGGGUGUGCCGGUUUUGCCUUACACCGAUCCAAUGGCCCAUAUUGUCCCUAGCACAUUUAGUAGCCUGGACACACGAUGGUUUGAAACCACCCCUCGUUUCAGUCCCAGACAGGCUCGUAGGAUGGAUUCUGGUGUGCAUCAGGUGGUUCUCCAGCCCUCUCGACUCUCACCCCUCACCCAAAGCCCCCUUAGCUCUCAUGAGGGCUCCCCAGAGAUUGUAGUACGUCCCAGGCCACGUCCCAGCAUUGUCCAACCUUCCAUACCCCCAGAGAUGUCUGAGAUUACCCUCCUCCCUCCUUCCGCAGCCAGCUUCUCAAGGAGAUCUUCCCCUUCCUCCUCACCUGCCCAAGGCCAGGGUAGCAGGAGAGCAAGCCCCAGCUACCGUUCCCACAUGGCCUUUGCCACCUCUGCAGCCAGCUACCCAGCUUCCCAGUCCCCAUCACCCCCCAUGGAAAGCAGCAACAUAUUUGGGCAGAUGCCAUCUCAGAGGAGGACUGAGGAGGAGAUCCUUCCAUCUGAGCCCUCUCCACCCCAGUUGUCAGCUUCAGGAAAACGUCGAGGUGCGCCGAGUGCCCUUUCGGGGUCUGAGAGGAUUGAUGCACUGAGAUACCAACGUAUUAAAAAGGCCAAGAAGAUGACAUUGAACAACAAUAACUCCAAGACCAGAAAGAAAGCAGGUGUUUCCACCUCUCAGACCCAGACCCAGCAGGCCUACACCUCUCAGGUACUCCAACCCGAAGAAGCUCUCUACCUCCGCAAGAAGAGGAAACGGCCCAUCCUCCAUGACCCAUACACUCGCUUUUCUGCUCUGCUGUACCGCCGCCCACCUCGGGAGGACCAGAAGGCUAUUUUGGCUUGCAUGGACAACAUAGACCUAGACCAUGCCACUCUGCUCUGAAAGUCCUUGAGGACAAGGUCACAACCAUGCAAUAUGCCCCCAUUCCGAAAUAACAUUAGCUAAUGAUAGCUGCAUCCCAGUUGAAAAAAAAAACAACACUUACAUUUAAAGAUGUUUGCAGUUUGUUAUACAUGAAGGGGAAUAGCACUAAAUUUCAGCAUUCAGAUUUGGUAUAUUCUUACCACGCCCUUGGUCAGUUCAGUCUGCAUUAGGAAGCAUCCUACCAUGUCUUAUUUGAAUGCUGUUUUCAAAUUACUGUCAAUGAAGCAACAGAAUUGGCAAAAUGGCAUCACAGAUUGAAAUCCUGGUUCUAAGGCUGAAAAAAAGUUUGGUUUGUUUUUACUGAUUGAGAUGCCCAAAGGCACAAGAAUGUUCAGUGUAUGCUUAAAUCCAGUAGUAUUCCCUUUUAAAAAUGUGUUUAGACUACUAGCGAAUCAAAUCAAAAUGAUAGCUGCCACAGUUUUCCAAUGUUUUACUCCAGUGCAAAGGAUUAAGUCAAAAAGAGGCAAUACUUGAUCACCAACUCUCGUUUUUUUCCUGCUUUUAUUUCAGUCACCAGUGUUAUCAUUUUUUUAUUUGAAAUAUGUCUUCAGGCUUGAGUUGUGUUUCUUGUGCUGAGCCAAUCCCCUCGAACCCCCCAACCCCCCCCCCACCCCUCCUCCCACCCCCCAUCCCCCUGCAGGUCUCUGUUUACAGCACCUCCCACCGGAUCCUCUCCGCCAGCAACGUCUCUUAUCUGCCGAGAAACUCGCCUCACAAGUAUGGGUGUUCUCACUUCCUACCAAGUAUACCUCAGAGCACAGGACACGAGACCACACAACCACCAGGAUCAGCCAGCAGAACAAACAAGCUAUUUUUCCCAUCUCUUUAGUCCUCAUUGUUUUGCUCUAUUUACUUUUCUUAAAAAAAAAGUUUUCUACUUUCCCAUUAAUAUAUGUGCUUCUUCUAGUUUGUUAGAUGUAUGUACAUUGAGUUAAUUUGAUUUAUUUAUCUUGCAGAAGAAUCAUUUUAAUCACUUUUACUCAUCUUUUCUGCUCUGUCGUAAAUGAUCAGGACGUGGGCGUGUUGUUUAAGGACAGAAAUACAACCCUGAACUGCUUCACUGGGCCUAGAGGAAGAAUUCUAUUGAUUCUCACUAGAUGGUAUUUCUUAGUGAAUAGAUGUCAUUCAGCAGUGAAUCACACAUUCAGAUUUCACACACUCAAACCAAACCAUAGGCACAAUGAAAAGGUUAUGAAAAAAAAAAAACGGUUGUAAAUUUUCACUUUUUCAUUUCAUCAACUGAGAAACAUGAAGAAAACCAUUUUGAUAGAUUGAACCAUUCAAUAUAAAGUUGCUCCAAUUAACCAACUCUCCAGCUCUGUCUUCAGCUUCUCAUAUCUCAGAACUGUUUGCACUGGAGCAAAAUCUUGUCCAUCUCAAUAGAUACAGUAUGUGUCUGUUCCUUUAUAUCUCCUUCUCUAGUUCUUCUACUUUAGAUCAUUAGAGGGCUCCAAAUCCUUUUCAGAAAGAACUAUUGUCAUGCCAAAAAAAAAAAUCCAGUUAGAGAAAAAAAACAAACCAUACAUAUUGGAGGAUAGGAUUUUGUGCCAUAGUAUAUGAUCGUAUUUUUUUUCGUACAUAUUAGAGGAUAUAAAAAAAAACAAAAAAAUAAUUGUUUGGCCUUAAUGGAGCUUCUGGUAGGUUGCCUGCUUCACUUGUGUCUAAUUUUUAUUUCUAUUUAAAUUUUUUACUUGUGUGUUUGUGCUCACUUGUGUAAGUACCUGCCUCCCUUGGCCAUUUUUCUACUCAUAGCCUUUUGUAUUUUGUUUCUUUAUGUGCUUGUCAUUUAAAAUAAUGGAAACACUGAGAGUACAGUCAUGCUUUAAAGAAAACAGUACGUGGCACUGAGGGCAACAAAGUGAGCCAAGAGGUUUUGUUGUGUACAGAAGAUGAGUGUGCACUGUUCAAGAUUUUGUUGCUGUUUAUUUCAUUUUUUUUUUUUUUUUUUUACAGUUUUCCUCAAAAGGUGCUCAGUUUUUUUUUCAGAGGUUGUAUUCAGGUGUUAAGUUAACAUAUCUUGACCUCUUAAUACGACAUGAAAGCAGUAAAGUGUGUUUGGAGUGAUGUGCGGUUUUUAUGUAUUUAUGUAUUUAUUUGUGUACAUUUUUUUUAAUUGUGAUUUUGAGCAGAUUCUGACACAGCUGCAACUCCAACAUAGUCUUCUAAAGUUAUCCACAUUUGCAAGUGACCAAAUUUGGCUGCUUGAAGAUAUUUCCGCAAUGAAUGCUCGCAAAAGGAUGCAGUGAUAAGAUUUGAGAAACUCUACUCUGACAUCUGAUUUCUCCUCUCGUAUUUUGAGUUUUAAAGUGCAGGAGAUGUACAUCUUUUCAUUAACAUAUACUCUAUAAAACAAAGAAUCUUAAGUCCCCUGAGAGCAAUUUUAUUCUAUACUAAAAGUUUUUUAAAAAAGUGUCCUGACUCACGACCAUAUCCAGCAUAGCAACCAUAAUAGUUAAAAUAAAUAACAAUUUUACUAAAGAAGCUAGUGCCUUUAUUUAUGAUGGGAUUAGUACGUCUCCAAGGUUGGAGCAUUGGGUGGCUAACAGUCAAACACUGAGUUUGUGUCAAUAUAAUGCACUUAUUGUGGAAAUAACUUUGAAAUACAAUGUAUAAAAUGGGAUGUUAACAUCUGUAACUACAAUGAAGCCACAGUCUCUAAUUCCAAAGAUCACAAAGUCAGCAUGAAUAAUUUCAGCGAGAAUGAAGUGGCAUGAAAAUGCAUGUAGACCAUUGAUCACAACUGAAGGAUCUAUCACAUAACCACCUGCAGCAUUUUAUUUAUGAGAACUACUGCCCACCUCGGUCAGCGCCAUGGUGUCUGAAUGGCUGUGCACACAAGAGCUUAGCUGGCCUAGAUAAAAGAGAAAUGGAAUGAGCAGCUGCCAUGUUACACCACCGUUGUUUUCAUAUUCUCUGAUCAGGCGCAAACUGAUGUGAGGAAACAUAUCAGCGAAGAAGUCAUCUCAUCAUAGGUGCUUUAACAGUGGUGUCAAAUAGAGGCUCUUCUUGCAGUCUGAGGUGCUAUAUGCAAACCAUGAAGUAAUGCUACAGGCGACUGAUGAGCGAUUCUUCCAUAAAUGAUUACAAAUGCCACUUCCAUUUUGACAUGUCAUUGCAGUGCUCUGGCAAACAUUUUUAAUAUAAAGUAAUGAAAGAAGGCUGCACCGCUGCCUAUUAAAAAGAAUCUGUGAUUAGAAGGCAUUUGUUGGAGUGGUGGUUGGAUUCAAAAUCACGCUGAAAGAGAAACAAGGAGCUCUUCUUCUAUGAAAGCUUUUAUUAUGGCGUAACAACUGCAGGCACUGCAUAAUGUUCUACAAGUCACAUGGAUAAUUGUUGCCUUGUUGCAGUUGAAUAUGAUUGUUUUUAUGCCAUCUUUAGGACGAUGUAUUAGAUAAAAGAAGAAGAGAGUCAUAGUUUCCUUUCAGAAGGUAUUUUGGUUUAUUAUAUAUUUCACUGCAGACUCUCUGAUGUGUGUGAUGCUGCGGAUCCUUUUAGCUGAAUGAAUGACGGCACUGGGUUUGUUUUGUUGAAAGACUUUGGCGCUGUACUUUUUAGAGGGGACAGAAGUCGUUGCAUGUUACACUGUGUAUGAGAAGAAUACUAAAGGGGCAGUUUGAUUGCAAUCACUUAGCAAUUGUUAAUUCCCCAAUUAGGACUUUACACUGAUAAGAAAUUAGGGAGAAAUUUGGGAAUUGGACAUUUCUCGGUACUGGCAGAGCAUUUCUAACACAUUCUUUCAGAACAAUCACUAUUUUCUACCAGUGAUGUAAGGUUAUGGGAUGGAAUCAAUAUUAGAUAUUGAUCAGUAGAUCAGUAGAAGAAACAUUUAUGUCCUGGAACUUCCUCUAAAGAUUAAAUCAAGAAUUUAGAACAAAAUUAAUUGUAUUAAACAUGUACAUACUAUACCAACAUAUUGUCCCAAUAUGCACACCAUUAUAAUGUUUUUGUUGAGGAAGUUAAUUUUACAAUUAAUUCUAUAUAUUAUAUCUGCAAAAUCAUAACUGAUACACUUUGCCAGUUUGACAAUGAACAUAUUGUUUCAGGUUAUAUUUAUCCCACAUUUAAAAGAAACCACAACUGACAGAUGUGGAAAAAUACCUAAAUUAUACAGAAGAUUCUUUAUUGAAAUUUGUAGAUAUAAUUAGUCUAUAUAUUGUAAAAUGUAAAAUAAGAAAUUGCAUAUUUUAUUAAAAUUGGACAAUAAUAUGCAUGCAGGUAAAAGAUUUGAUAUAAAAUAUAUUCCCUUUUUUUAUUUUUAUUUCAAUAUGGAAAUCAUUUUUAUGUAGAUGCUACUGUGAGUGUGUUCACAAAGCCGAGAAUAAUAUAGUAUAUACAUAUACACAUAUGCUUUGGGAAAAACACACACCCUAAAUGAAAAACUAACUGAACUAAAGCACUGAAAUGUAGAUCGCUCUGUACACAGUGAAGGUUCAGUGGUAUUAUUUUGUUUUUAUAUGUUUUGUUUGAAUGCAGAGAGACAUUUAAAAGUCAAAGUCACAAGAUCAACUCUUGGAACCAGCGGUGGUGGGAAAUUGUAGCGUUUUGCGGCUGUGCAGUUAUUUCAUCACCAAGGGCUUUAAUUAGACUCAUAUGAAGUGAGGACGGUGCGAGCUGACGGUGUGAGACAUCUGAACGAGGCUGAGGGCGAGGUCAGGUCUGCCUCAACAAAGAAGUACUGUAUACCUCUUAAUGUGCCACAGAGAAAUGUGUCUAUGUAUAUAAUGUAUAGUGAAAGAUAUUAUUUGCAUGGUAUGAACAUUUGAAUGCCACUGACAAAAAAAAAAAAAAAAAAAAAUGGGGAAUUGCCACUACCAGAGCAAGCAGUCUACAGCUGUUAAUGUGCAAGAAAAGCUUGGCAACAGUGCAGAUUUUGAAGCAAAAGCCAAUGAAAAAGCUUUGCUUACCUGAAAGGUCAAGGUGAGGAGUCAGGCAUUUAACAGAUUAUAGGACACUUUUUUCCAGAGGUGCGCUAGAGAUAAAAAUCUUGUAAAACCACCAACUGAGCUUGAAGACGCGCUCCUAAUGUUAUCCUAACAAAUAAUACUGCUGUUCACUUAUUCUGGUUGAUAAUGAAAUUAAAUUUGAAUUACAACGAGACUUAUAAGUUCAAAUUUUUUAAGUAGUCGACACUAAAGGCAGUUUUCCUACAUGAGUUUGAGAUGCAAUAAAAGCACAUGCCAUGCAGCUCGAUAAGUUAAAACUGUUGCAGCACCCAGAGGUGUCUGCAGAUGAAUUUGGGAAAAUUCGGUGCUGCUAGAUUUGCUCUUCACUACUUCGGUGAUGUCUAUCAAUUUGAUAUUUUUGUAGUACAUGUUACCUCACAAAUAGUCAUCUGUAGUAAAAAGAAACAAGUCAACUUUUAUGCUCUCUUUGUCAAACUGCAGCUUGUGUUAAGUAAAGUACAUGUAACCUUAGAAAGCUCAGAAUUAUGAUUAAUUAGCUUGACGAGGGUAGCUCUGCAUAUGAUUAUAUAUAUUAUAUACUGUUAUCUUGUCAUAUGUGCCCCUAGCAGCACUACACAUUCUGAGAUAACAGUGAUGAUCUGACUCUGAAAUAGCUUCUAGCUAGCUAUGUUUGUGGUGUCUAAAGAGAAAAAAAAAAAAUCACACGUUUUGUUAUGACUCAUUAAAAGACAAUUUGUUAAGAAAAUCUCAGUACUGUAUCACACUUGGCUCUUAAGAUGAGAAGAACUAGAGUUUGGCUUUGGUGUCCUCUACUCUGGCUUUACAUAUUUUAAGAUGCAUUAAGAGAGACUUCUCAUUGUGUCGUUGAAGAUAUUCACUUCUUUGACAUCCCAUAUGCUAAGAGUGGAGAAUCCCUGGUGCUAACACAUGCCAAACAAAUAGAAAGGUUUUUGUUUUUUUACUUAAUUAAAGCAUAUUGGCUCGCUGGUGUAAAUGCACCUCUCUGCCCUCUGAGCUCACAGUAUCCAAAACCUUAAACUGCCAUAUCAUUUUCUGUCUGUUUUCUCAAAGAAAAAUGAAAAAACUAUUUUUUUCAGCAAAUUUUAGCCCAAAUGAGCAGCUUACACGUAUUGUGGCAUAGAGUUUAAUGUAUCAUUGAGAUCAGUGAGAUUUCUGUAAAUAAAUACACAUAUUGGUAUUUUGAUUCAUUGACCUGACAGACAGACAUCACAGUGCUCACAAUAUUAUCUUGACAUGUCAGCCACAAACUGCAACUUUAUACGAUGACACCAAGCGGUUUACUACAUCAUAAAUCACUAGUCUAGUCUUUAUAAAGAAACAAUAGCUCACAGGCCAGUGAAAUGUUGCACAUUGAGUAGAAGCCCACGGAUAAAUUACACAAUAAUAUUUUAACCUGUCACACUUAAAAAGACUCUUUCAGGAGCCAUUUGUUUCAUUGCCAAGGACACCCUUUAAAAGAAGAGGGGACAUGAUAAAGUCAAGUUACACAACAAACGAAAACCAUAGCUAAUUGCAUAAAUAUCACCUUGUACUGAAAGACCACAGCAGAAGGACGCAUUCAGGCAGAGACCUUAAUCUAAACUAAACCGUAGACGCUUGCUUAAAAUCAGUCUUAGUGACACUUGCCAUCAAUACAGCACCAUGGAGGAAAGUAUUGAUACACUACCGACUUUUUGUCAAACUUGAGUGUACAAAAAGGCAUUAAGAGAUUUGAUUUGAGAUUUAAAAAAGAAGAAAAAAGAAAAAGUUUAGUUACACCAUGUAAAUAUCUCAAAUAAGCAUACCUUGUCAUAUAUAUUUUUUGUAGAAGAAAAUAUGAUGCACAUCAUCUUUAUUGAAGAUUGAGUGGGAAACUGAGUAGUGUAGGGUCUGCUUCAGUGACACAUUAUAACAUGGCAUAACAGACCAAUGUGUAUACUGUAUGUGAGUAAUGGAAAUCUUCUAAAUGUUUAGAAAUUAGUUUAAGAAUAUAUAUAUAUACAUAUAUAUAUAUGUAUAUAUAUGUAUAUACAUAUAUAUAUACACACACACACACACACACACACACACAUAUAUACAUAUACAUAUAUUCAUGAAACCAAAAUGGUUAUAUGAGUAUCUAUAUUUGAACAGUACUUGUUUUCAAGAAUGCAAGAAUGUAUAAGUCUAUAUUCUAUUAUUUUUAUAUCCAUUUGUUGCUUUAUACUGUAGCAAUGCAAAAUCUUACACAAAGUAGAGAAAUAUAACGUCUGUCUGAGGUUUUCAGCUGUGUACAAAACAAAAAACAAUGGUGCACCAAACUGGCUGUCACUGUACUGUAUAUCUCACCGUCUAUUACACACAGACUCUCAGAGAAGGAUACAGCAACGUAGUUUUUAUAGCAAAGUCCAUUUGGUGUGAAUAGAAAAUGUAAUUUUUGAAUUCUAUGUGGGCCGCACUGAUCAUUUGCUUGACAAUGAUUUAGCUCCUUUUUCUUAGUUCCUGAUGAUUUAGCUAUUUAGCUAUUAUUUGACUUGUGGUCAAUCACCAGGUUGGCUUCUGCAGUCACACAUUCAUCUUUUUAAUUAUGUUUUAGCAUGAAAAAAUGGUGAGAAUCUUUUUCCCUACUAUGGUGCUCCCUUGCAAUCUGUAUUACAGCAGAGCACAGAAAUAUAAAUGUAUAUUCAUCUAAGUUACAAACUGUGCAGAUAGAAAUGUUUUACAGCGUAUAUUUACAGUAUGUAGGCCUAUGUAACAGACACAGUGCUUAAUGAUGCUUUGAAUUCAAAUAACGGGAUCCAAACAUUUGGUUUUUGGUUUGUUUUCGGUUCUAAACAGAAGCACGUGCAAGUUAAUGCGAUGAACGUUCUCUUGCCUUUAAAAGUGGAGGUUGAGCAUUGCAGCAGCUGCUAAAAGUUACUCCUGACAUUGGUGACAUUCAAUUCAGUGCUGUACAUUGCCAAAAACACACCAUAUACAUUCUGACAACUGGUGCUAUUUAAUAACAUCUGUGGUGCUUUUUUUUAAGUUAGUUAUUUCCUUGCUUCAGACAAAAUGUAGCUAAACAAUCCUGUACUGUACUGUAGAUUGCUGCUUGGCCAGUAUGUCGUGUUUCAGAGGGUUUUCUUUGACUGCUGUUGUUUCAGGGAAUAUGCAGAUCAGAUAGGACUUACAUUUUGAGUGGAAAAUUUUUAAAGCAAGGACAUUAAUUUGAAUACACAUGUCAUAAUGAUUUUCUUGGGAUUGAGUUUACAGUUUUCUCGUUAGUUUAGGUUGAACUUCACAGUGCUUCAAAGUGUGUUUGUGGUUGCAAAUAGUAUCCACACGUUGUGUUUGGUGCUAAGUGAUCAGAUACAUUCACCAUGACCUUUGAUAUGGUAUUCAUCAUAGACAUUUAAAUCCUUCAGCAGUCUUUCUAUCAGGUCAAGUAAACAUACUAACGCCCCCUGCAGGUACCCUUGUGUUGUGGGGAAUGAAACAAAGACUUCCUCUGCAACCAAACUACUCCAAAACCCAUCGAGGUCGCUGUUUACAAGGGACCUGUGGCGUUACUAUGUUUGAAGACCAGAGAAAAAGCAUCUCGGUAUUGUCUCUUAAACUUGUUAAAAAUGUUUGCUGCAAACACUCAACUCAACUUUUUGAAGCUUCUGUAAUGAAAAGUAUGUACAAGCUACAUGAAGCUGAUCAUCUCUUUUCUGUUUUUUUUUUUUUUUUUUUUCAAAUCACAAAA